CUGACGGCCACCGAGGAGAGCAAGCACCUUCCUGCUCUACGUGGCACGUCUGCGCACCUACUUCCUUCACCCACCCACACGCACACACACACACACACCUACCGCACACACACCAGCGGUAGCAUCACGUUGUCAACCAUGCAGCACAGGACGUUCUGGCUGACGCUUCCGUCUGGCGGCUCCAUUCUGGUGGCCCAGUCCCGUCGUCGCAUUCCCGUCCACCUGGAGAUGCACGAGAUGUGCCAGGUCACGGUUUACGCCGCCCCGCUGCCGAUGAUGCCACCGCAAAACCCGAUGAUGACGACUAUGGCUGGCAUGGGCAUGAUGCCGCCACCGCCGCCGAUGCCGAUGGCGAUGCCGCCGCACAUUCUGGCAUCGACGCUCGGAUACACCCGCCCGUCACCCAAGGCGCUUGCGGCUGCGCCGGUGCCGUGGUCGUGGUCGCCUGCGCCGCCGCCGCCGCACUUUGUCUGCAUCGACGGAUACUCACGGAUGCGGACGCUGCCGUCGCACCCGAGCGCGCCGGCUUCGUCGCCGGUUGUCUCGCUGGAGGCGGCAGCACCUAGUGCGGCGAUCGCGGCGACUGCGGCGGCAAAGGCCAAGGCUGUGCCGUUGGCAAAGGCUGCCCCCGAGGUGGCGACGAGUGCAAAGGCGCCUGUGCCGCGGCUGCGCGCUCCGUCGCUUUCGGCUGCCGCCAGAGUGCCUGUCCAGCAGCUGCGUGCGGGAGUGCCGGUGCAGGCGCCGGCACUCGCGGGUUCGAGCAGUGCCGUGACGCCUGCGGCUCAGGCCCUCGCGGCCGCGCGCAAGGCGCCUGCCAGGACGCCGGUACCCGAGCAGAUAGCUGCGGCCGCCGACGUCGACGGGUGGAGCGCGCGCGGCGCGGCAGUCGGUCCUUCGGCGCCCGCCGUCCGCCGGUAUGCCGAGUACGAGGUGUUUGAGCGGACGGCUGUGAUCGACAACGGAUCGGUGACCAUUAAGGCCGGAUUUGGCGGCGAGCCUGCGCCGCAGGCGGUGGUGCCAUCGAUUGUCGGUCGGGCGCGCCGGGCGAGCUCGCUCUCUCCUGGCGGGAGUGGCUUUGACCUCGGCAACGCGUACAUCGGCGCGUCGGCGGCAAGCAAGCGGGCGGUGGCGCACCUCAGCCACCCGAUCCAGGGCGGGCGCGUGGCGUCAUGGGACGACAUGGAGCUGCUAUGGGAGUAUGUGAUCGAAAAAGAGCUGCGCUCGCCGAGCCUUCUCGACGGCAUGCCAGUCCUCAUGACCGAGCCGCCGCUCAACUCGCGGGCCGAUCGGGCGCGCAUGGUUGAGACGCUGUUCGAGGCGUUUGGCGCGCCCGGCGUGCACCUGGCGUACGCAUCCAAGCUCGCCAUGCUGGCGCGUGGCGCCUCGACCGGCCUCGUCGUCGACGUCGGUGGCUCGCAGACUGUGGUUGCGCCGAUCUACGAGGACUCGGAGCUUCUGGCUCGGCUCGGCCGCCAGCGCCACGGGCCGACCUUCCCCUCCUCGCCGGCGUUCCUUGAGUCUGCGCUCAGCGCCGGCGUGCAUGUUGCGUGCAGCGGGUCUGUGGCCGACGGCGCGACCGCGGCCCCGCUGACGGAGCUCACUGCGCCCGACGGGACAACGUUUGCCCUCGACACGGAGCUGGUCACCGCGGGCGAGCUGCUGCUGGACCCUUAUCUCGCCGGCAAGGACACGCCGCCACUGCUCACAGCCGUGAGCAAGGCGCUUGCCCAUCUCGACGAUGACCUCAUCCGCGCCCUGCUGGGCAACGUCGUGGUGACCGGCGGUGUGCUCCCGGGCUUUGUCGAUCGCCUGCAAGCCGAGCUGUCGGCGGCGUACGCGGUCCCGCGAGUGAGGGUUGCCGCUCUCCCGCAGCCGCGAGAGGCCGCCUGGCGCGGCGGCGCGCUCCUAGCCUCGACCGACACCUUUAUUCGCCUAUGCAUCACUCCCGAAGAGUAUGCCGAGCAGGGCGACCGGGUGCUCGAGUACAAGUUUGCGUGA